GACCAAUGAGAGGCUUUUAAUUGGACACGGCGUCACCCGGCUUCCUAUUAAAGAGGGGAAUAUCCGUGGAGUCCUGUUUACUCCUCCAGCACAAAGACUAACCUUGUGAAGAAAACAGCAGUAGUUUCAGAAGAGAUGACCUCCCAAAUCAGACUGAGGCUGCUGCCAAGUGCCAGAUGUUUGUUCGAUGAGCCUGUUCAGGUGAAGGUGACCGGGCUGAGGUCGAGGCAGGUGGUCACCAUGAGGGCUAGAUCGACCGAUGAGAAGGGAGUGGUGUUCAGCUCCUCCGCCAUCUACAGGGCUGAUGGGAGUGGGGAAGUCGAUCUGGAGAGAGACCCCUCACUCAGUGGGAGCUACGUUGGGGUUGAACCCAUGGGACUGCUGUGGUCGAUGAGGGCGGACACCUUGCACAAAUUGUUUUCCAAGAACAAAGUGCUAAACCCUCAUGUGGUGAAGUUUUCUGUGCAUGAGUUGGAGGGGGAGGGCAGGAUGCUAGCAGAGGCGACUAAUGAGAGGUUUCUAAUUGGAGACGGGGUCAGCCGGGUCCCUGUCAAAGAGGGGAGCUUUCAUGGAGUCCUGUUUACUCCUCCAGGUGAAGGUCCGUUCCCCGCUGUGUUAGAUAUGUGCACCUUUAUGUCUGAGAAGAGAGCCUGUCUGUUGGCCAACAAAGGGUUUGUGGUUCUGGCUGUGUCGGUGUACAAUGACAAGCCCGAAAACGUCACAGAGUUGCAUCUGGAGUUUUUUAAAGAAGCAGUUGAUUUCUUACAACAACAACCUAAGCUGCAAUCCGACAAGUUGCGGUCAGUUUGUCAGCAAGACAGAAAAAUCAUCACAGAGUGUUCAGAGCAGGCUGAAGAACUGGCGUUUGAGUUACAGGUGAGAAAUAAAGGAGUUGGUAUAUUAUCAAUAUCAAAGGCUGGAGACAUUGCACUUUCACUUGCUGCUUUUGUGCCAGGUGUUGAGGCAGUGGUGUGGAUAAACGGCUGCAGUGCCAAUGCGAUCACUCCUCUCUACUAUAAGAAGAGCAAAAUCCUCUCACCGCUGCUGAUUGACCUCAGCAAGGCGAUUCCCACUGAGUCAGGGGCCGUCAUAGGCAAGUAUUGUCUUAAAAAUCCUCUGGCAGAGGAGAACCAGGCCACCUUGGUCCCCAUCGAAAAAGCCAAGGGACAUUUUCUCUUUGUGGCUUCAGAGGACGACCUUAACUGGGACAGCAAGGCUCACAUGGACCAGGUGGUGGAGAGACUGAAGCAUCAUGGGAAGGAGAACUUUGAAAGUGUGUGUUACCCUGGAGCUGGACACUUACUGGAGCCGCCGUAUGGACCCCACUGCCACUCCAGCUUCCAUUUGUUCGCAUGGCAGCUAGCGAUGUGGGGCGGUGAGCCCAGGUCCCACGCAGCAGCUGAAGUCCACUUGUGGAAGAAGAUCCAGGAGUUCCUCAGAUCUCACCUGAGCUGUGAAACUUCACGGCCUACAGCCAAGUUAUAGAUGCAAAUAGGAGGAUAAGAAAGACGUGGCAACAGAUCAGUCAUGAUAUCUUGGCUGCUAAUUACAUGUGUAUCAUUACAUAUGAAUGUUUUGUGACGAGGUGAACGAUUUAAUGUUUGAUGUCUAAAUAUUUCUUUAUUGAAAGAUUAUGAUUAUAAAGUAAUGCAGGAGAGAAUAUGCCAAGAUAUUUUUAAUGAACUAAUAGAGAUUAUCAGCCUAUAAUGUAAAUGUUGGAGAAUAUAAAGUAAAGACAAGCCUUAAAUAUAAAAAAGGAAAAGCUCACAUGUAAAAAUGGCAAUGAAAAUACACAACAAAAACAUUUGAAAAUACACAAAUAAAAGAGACAGCUUUAACUGACACGGGACACAGGAGAACAAGCACAGCACUUAAAAUUUUCUAGCAUUUUUUGCCUCUUUAUCAAAACCAUCCAUCAAAAUGUCAGCAGCUAUUGUCACAUAGAUAGUUUCAACAUCUUGACAUAAUAUUUUCCAUAAUUUCUCUCAAGUAUUUCUUUGAAUAUAAAGGCAAAAUUUAUUUAAUCGAGACAUUAUUCCAUUAUUUACACUUGUGUUGAUUUUAGCAAAAGUAUGAUACAGGUUAUUAUUGCUUCCAUAUGUUAGUAUGUGAAUUUAAUGGUACCUUUUCCUCUGUUUUGUUGUGAAUAUCUCAAGAAUAUAUCAGCAGAAUAUCAGAAGUCUCUCUCUCAGUGUGACAGGCUACAUGAUUUUACACAUCAAAGUUUGUUUAUAGGUACUGAGGAAGAUUCCUGCACAUGUGAAAAAAGUUAAAGCGUUUUGUGGCUUUAGAGGGAUCUUUAUGAAGUUUCUCCAUAGUUGGAGCUGAAGACUAUGUAUUAAAUGUAAAAUGUCAUGAAAUUACGUACUAAGUUAAUAAUAAUUGCAUUAGUUGCAUGCUAAUAUUCAGUAGAGACACAUCUUUGCUUACAGCAUGCUAAAUAUCAGAAAGAGGAAGACAGACAGGGGAGUCCCACUUCCUUUGCUGGAGACGGCUUCAGAUGACAUAAAACAGGGUAAAUCAGUCAGGAAAGUGGCCAAAUCAUACGGCGUUUGCCAUGUGACCCUGUACUGAAUGUUGUCCUCAAACUAAUCCAUUUUGAUUUCAUGUUUAAACCUUUUUGAGGAUGUGUGUUCUAUCCAUUAAAUAAUUUUCUUGCA